GUGAUGACAUCAUCACGGUCCUACAGCCUGCUCUUUUAAUGACUGUUGGGCCUGCUGAUCUGUGUCCUUGUUGGUGGUGGUGUGUUGUGUCGGAUCUGUCACUGUCUGGGAUCGCUCAGUUCAGGUGUUCUCUUGUCAUGGUGGGAGCAGGGGCGGACUGACCAUUUGGAAACUCGGGCACUGCCCGAGGGCCCGGGGUCAGUAGGGGGCCCCAUGAGAUGCCCCUGGUAUCUUUUUCAUAGGUUUUUUUGAGUUUGGGCAAGGACACAGGGGCCCCAUGAUCCCCUAUUGCCCGGGGGCCCCAUGA